AUGGAGGCCCCGCCGGUCGAGGGCGACGACGCGCCGGUCGAGGCCGCCGUCGAGGCCGAGGCCGUUCCUGGGGAAGCCCCCGAGCCCGCCCCCGCCCCGGCGAACCCCGCCCCCGCGCCGGCGUCCGCGGACGACGCCGCCGAAGGAGAAGCGCGGGCCGAGCCAAAAGAGGGGGCGCAAGCCCACGACGACGACCAUGAUGACGGGCCGUCGGCGGGAGCGGGGGACGACGAGGGCGAGGAACCCGCGGGGGACGGCGGCGGCGCGGGCGAUGCCGAGGACGAACCGCUCGAACCCGACGCGGACGCGCCGAACGCGGACGAGUCCGAGUGGGACACCCUCACGCGGCUCGGAUUGUUCACGCGCGGCGCGUCGCCGUCGUCGUCGUCGUCCGGCGGUUCCAUCGACGCCCUCGUGGACGAGCUGGUGGACCAGUCCAUGAACACCGACGGGUCGGACCUCGACCUCGGGGUGGACGGGGACGAUAUCCACGUCGCACCCGCCCCGGGAUCCGAUACCGCACGGCCCGACAACCGCGCAUCCCCCCGCGAUCGUGAGCGCCCUUCCGACGACGACGAUUUGGAGGCGCUGGAGGUGGCGCGUCGCGAGUUGGCGGAACGAAACGCGGAGCUGGAGCGCGCCGUCGCCGCGCACCUCUCCCGCGCCAAGACGCGGUACUCCGACGGGGCGGACGGUGGUGGUGGUGGUGGUGGAGCCGCGAUGGACGCCGUAGACGACGCGGAGGCGGCGCAGAGGAGGAUCCGAUACCACAGAAUGUUAGUGGGUUGGCGCAACGCUCGCGACGCCAUCGCGUUCGCCGCCGACGAACACGCGACGCAACGGUCAAUGGUUCAGGCUGACCUGGACGCGCGGUCCACGAAACGAAACACGACGGUCGAAGCGUUCGAGACGUACAAAACCGAGGUGGCCAAGGCGGCGGAGUACCCGGGGAAACCCGGCGUUGGUCUGAGCGAUGAAACCGUGGAGGCUCGACUCGGGAAGGAGCGAGCCGCGGAUGCGCUCGUUAAACGGGAGCGGGUGACGAACGCGAGGUUGCGCCGCCGGCUGGCUCGAACGGAGGAGAAGGUACGGGACACGGAGGAGCUGGCGUCUGGGCUGUUCCUCGUGGAUUUCGAGCAGCUCAAGAUUGAGAAUGGAUCGCUGCGGGAGAAGAUCGACGCGAGAAACGACGACUUGGUUCGGCUGCGAGCCAAAACCGGCGCGCAGGUGCAGACGCUGACGCACAUGAAGGAGAAGCUUCAGCACGUCAAGAAGGAGAACGAGCGGAUGGUGAGGGAGCUGGCGACGCUGGCGGAGCAGUCCGACGAGAAGGGGGACCACAUGCGGCGGUUAAAGGCGGAGAGGGACAGGUACAAGAAGGAAAACGAGCGGAUGCAAGCCGCGAGCAACACCGUGGACACCCCCGUGCUCCUGGACGAUUACCGCUACUUGAAGCAGAAGAGCGCGCACUUGCGGCAGAAGGUGGCGCGCCUGCAGCGGAUGUGCGCGGAGGCGCAGGCGAUCAAAAUGUCGAGGACACCGCGGAGUGGGACCAAAUCCAAGACCCCAGCCCCGACGCCCAAGCCGGAUGCGACCCCAAUGGCCGGGAACGUCGGUUUCUUCUGAGGAGAACUACUCAUACUGUGUCAAACCAGCCCGUAUAAAUU